GCGGCUGAUUGGUGCGAGAGGCGAGGUGGGCGGGGCUCUGGGACAGAGGUUUUGUUGUGAGGGUCGGUUGUCAAGCAGCGGCCAAUCAGGGCAGGGGAUGGAGGCAAGUGGGGGUCGCGCCUGGAGCGGAGCCUCGGCCUCCGGAGCCGCUGCUGCAGCCCAGUGUUGAGCUGAGAUGGCACAAGCCUGACGUUCCAUGAUUCAGGAUCUUGACAGAUGUGCACAGGCUGCUGCUGUUGCUGCUGUGGAAGACAUAAAACCAGGAGGCAGUCCAGGGCCUGGAAACGAGGCAUUCCCUCUGCCUGGAUGUGUGGGGACUCCCUGCCAACUUGAUUGGUGGAUCUGGGGGGGAUCCACCCCCACCCCACGAGGAAAGCGCAGUUCGUCUUGUGGUUGGGGCUUCUGGUGCCAACCGGCUGAAGGAUGGCCACACCUGUGGUCACCAAGACAGCCUGGAAGUUACAGGAGAUUGUCGCACACGCCAGCAAUGUGUCCUCACUGGUGCUGGGCAAAGCCUCUGGGCGGCUGCUGGCUACCGGCGGGGAUGACUGCCGCGUCAACCUGUGGUCCAUUAACAAGCCCAACUGCAUCAUGAGCCUGACGGGUCACACAUCACCAGUGGAGAGUGUCCGCCUCAACACCCCUGAGGAGCUCAUUGUGGCCGGCUCCCAGUCGGGUUCCAUCCGCGUCUGGGACCUGGAAGCUGCCAAAAUUCUUCGCACCCUCAUGGGACACAAAGCCAACAUCUGCAGCCUGGACUUCCACCCAUAUGGCGAGUUCGUAGCCUCUGGUUCUCAGGACACCAACAUCAAGCUCUGGGACAUCAGGAGGAAAGGCUGUGUCUUCCGGUACAGGGGACACAGCCAGGCCGUGCGGUGUCUCCGGUUCAGCCCCGAUGGGAAGUGGUUGGCAUCAGCUGCAGAUGACCACACAGUGAAGCUUUGGGAUCUGACUGCUGGCAAGAUGAUGUCUGAGUUCCCUGGUCACACGGGGCCUGUCAACGUGGUGGAGUUUCACCCCAAUGAGUACCUCCUGGCUUCUGGCAGCUCGGACAGGACAAUCCGCUUCUGGGAUCUGGAGAAAUUCCAGGUGGUGAGCUGCAUCGAAGGGGAGCCGGGGCCUGUCAGGAGUGUCCUCUUCAACCCCGACGGCUGCUGCCUGUACAGCGGCUGCCAGGACUCGCUGCGUGUCUAUGGCUGGGAGCCCGAGCGCUGCUUUGAUGUGGUCCUUGUGAACUGGGGCAAGGUGGCCGACCUGGCCAUCUGCAAUGACCAGCUGAUAGGCGUGGCCUUCUCCCAGAGCAACGUCUCCUCCUACGUGGUGGAUCUGACGCGGGUCACCAGGACGGGCACCGUGGCCCAGGACCCCGUGCAGGACAGCCAGCCCCUGGCACAGCUGCCACCCAACCCCAGCGCCCCCCUCCGGCGCAUCUACGAGCGGCCCAGCACAACGUGCAGCAAGCCACAGAGGGUGAAGCGAAACUCAGAGAGCGAGCGCCGCAGCCCCAGCAGCGAGGAUGAUCGGGACGAGCGGGAGUCCCGGGCAGAGAUCCAGAACGCCGAGGACUACAAUGAGAUCUUCCAGCCCAAGAACAGCAUCAGUCGGACACCACCCCGAAUAAGUGAGCCCUUCCCAGCACCCCCAGAGGACGACACGGCCACAGCCAAGGAGGCAGCAAAGGAGGCAGCAAAGCCUGGCUCAGCCGUGGACGUGCAAUUCCCGGUGCCAAAUCUGGAAGUCCUGGCCCGGCCCCCGGUCGUCACUUCCACACCAAUACCCAAGGCCGAGCCCGCCAUCAUCCCUGCCGCCCGGAAUGAGCCUAUUGGCCUGAAGGCCUCUGACUUCCUGCCUGCUGUGAAGAUCCCCCAGCAGGCUGAGCUGGUGGACGAGGACGCCAUGUCACAGAUCCGCAAAGGCCAUGAUACCAUGUGUGUGGUGCUCACCAGCCGCCACAAGAACCUGGACACUGUGCGAGCUGUGUGGACCACGGGUGACAUCAAGACGUCAGUGGACUCUGCCGUGGCCAUCAAUGACCUGUCGGUGGUGGUGGACCUCCUGAACAUCGUCAACCAGAAGGCCUCACUGUGGAAGCUGGACCUGUGCACCACGGUCUUGCCACAAAUUGAGAAGCUUCUGCAGAGCAAGUAUGAGAGCUAUGUCCAGACGGGCUGCACCUCCCUGAAGCUGAUCCUGCAGCGGUUUCUGCCCCUGAUCACUGACAUCAUGGCGGCUCCGCCCUCUGUGGGUGUGGACAUCAGCCGAGAGGAGAGGCUGCACAAGUGCCGGCUCUGCUACAAGCAGCUCAGGAGCAUCAGUGGCCUUGUCAAGAGCAAGUCAGGCCUGAGCGGCCGCCACGGCAGUGCCUUCCGCGAGCUGCACCUGCUCAUGGCCAGCUUGGACUGAGGAGCCCAGUGGGUGGUGGUACCCAGCAGCCCAUGGGACCUGGCCUCAGCCUCUGCUCCUGUACCCUGUGCGCCCAUGGGCCCAUAAGCCUCUGCCCGGCCCCUGCUGCUGCCCUGUGGCCACCCUGGAAGAGACAGCACUGGCCCAAGGGCCAUAGCCCCGAACUCUGAGAUAACUUUCUCUCUAGCAGCGGUUGCCCGGCUUUACCCAACUCUUGCUUCUUGAGGGCAGCAAACUGAGCCCGGGGGCUGCUGCUGUAAUUUAUAAGGCAAAUUUUAUUAAAUUUAUAACAUUCCCUGG